GCUGCCGAGGGAUGGGGAGAUGUCACACCGGGGCAGAGCUGCCCCUUUCCCGACUCUGCUUUGUUACUGGGAAUGAUGUCCAACCAGUUGUCUUAGAUUCCAGGUAGACUUAGCCAUGGUAAGGCACCUGCAGAAGACAAGAGCGAGGGAGGACCCACGGCUCUGCUUCAGUCACCGCGGGGUCGGGUCCAGCAGCCACAGCCUGGCUCUAGAGAGCCCCCCAUCCUCCCCCACGCAGGUACCCUGCCUGACAAUCUCAACCCUGGAUUCAUGGCCUCAGCCUUGGGAGUGGCACUGUGUCCUGCUGUCACUCAUCUCAGUGUCCAGAAGGUCAGCUGUCCUACCACCUGUCACCCACCCUAAAGUCCUUGGAAGAAUCCAGAUGGAUCAUCUGUGUGGGCAGGUCUGGGCACCCUGCAUGUCAAACAGGCUCCAGGUGACACUGAUGGCACCAAUCCUUGGGUCACACUUUUGAGAAGCUGGGGGCAGGGAAGGUUUGCAUUUCCUGGUAUGAUGUGCCAGGCGAUCUGCUGGAUGGUGGGCUGCAGAGGUGAGAGUAACAGCCCUGUCUGUCAUUCUGGGCGGGAGACACAGAGAAUCAGGCGAUGCUCACUGUAAGUGACACCCCAUGUGUGCUGCAGAGGGUGCCCAGGAGGGUGUGGACAUCCCCUUGAUGGCUGCGACAAGGUGAUAUUUGAAAUGAAACUCAGAACACGGGACAGGGAGCCGUGUAGGAGCAGACUGGGUGACCAGAGGGACUGAGUGUCUGUAGUGGUCCCAGGGCAGGCCAGCCUGGUCGCCAAGUCCCAAGCUGGGUAGGUUCCAUGGUUGCUGUCCCCUCCUCUAGGCAAGAAGCUACCCCUGAACUUGACCCUACUGUGCGAAUCCAGCUUGCAGUCAAGUCCCCAGGUGCUGUCAGCUGGCGCCCUCCCCACCCCCCCGCUGCUGGCAGCCGCACCCAGACUGCCUGGCGCCCGAGCUUAGUGCUCAGCCUGAAAACAAGGCCAUGGAGCCGCGUGGGUGCCAGCAGCUACCCCUGCAUCCUCCCUAACUAGUGGGUGGGACAGGGGGUGCAGGUGCUUCAUGGAGCUGCGCACUGGCCCAGGGUUGCUCCCAGCGCAGAGGCUCCCAAAGUUGAAAGCCAUUGUGGGUGUGUCCACUUUCCCAUUAAGGACAGCACUGCCAGUCGGGCAGUGUCACCCAUGCCAGGGUGAGCCUGCAUGAGCCGGAGACCUGCAGGGGAAGGUCCUAGGGUUGGUCAGCACCUGCUGGGAAGGGGAAAACAAAUUUUAAAAUGUUGAAAGGAUGCUAUGGGCUCACGAGGACCAGAGAGGGAAGCGAGGCCACUGUGGGAAUGGCGGGGCCAAGCUCCACAUGUUCAUCUGCCCACAAAUAGCCCUGGAGGUGCCUGGGACGGCAGAGGCUGAUCUUGGUGAGGGAAAGAAGAGGAGUUGUUGGAGAGGAGAGUAAAGUUUUCUGCCCAGUGCCCAGGAGCCAAGCGCAGCAGUGUCCCCUGACAUGCGUGUGUGGACACACACACACACACACACACACACACAUUCACACCACCAUCAUCAGACCUCCCUGGACAGACACCCAGGGGUCUGGGUCUGUGGGAGCCUGGGGCUGGGAGCGACUGAGCUUGUGCAGCCCCCAGCACACUACUUAAAGGAGCUGUGAGUCUCUGUGACUGUGACACUGGCUCCUUUGCGCUUCGCUGGCAUCGCACGGUCAUCGGGCUGGGUCUGCACCAGACACAGGCACAGGCAGACCCAGCAGGGGUGCUGAGGAUGGAGGAAGUUGUGAGGCUGGCACAGCGUGUGUCCUGAGCUCCCCAUGCCCUUGACUUCUCUGUGGCCUCGAGCAAGGACCACCACACCUAAGGAUGAACUCUCCUUGGGGAUCCAGAGUCCCUCCCGGACCAGCCCAGGAGCCUAGGAGCACAGCUGCCCCACCCAGCAGGUGGGACGGCUCUGAGAGCAGCAUCUCCAGCCCUGGCCAGCUUACGCCCGGCAGCCCCACGGCUCCUGGGGCUCAGGAGGCUGCCUGGGUCCCCUUCCCCACUGUCGAUGUUCCAGACCACGCCCACUACACCUUGGGCACCGUGAUCCUACUGGUGGGGCUCACGGGGAUGCUGGGCAAUCUGACAGUCAUCUAUACCUUCUGCAGGUGCCUGGUUGGUGGGGGCGGGCCCAGGGCACUGAGCAGAAGCCUGCGCACUCCUGCCAACAUGUUCAUUAUCAACCUCGCGGUCAGCGACUUCCUCAUGUCCUUUACCCAGGCUCCCGUCUUCUUCGCCAGCAGCCUCUAUAAGCGGUGGCUCUUCGGGGAGACAGGCUGCGAGUUCUAUGCCUUCUGUGGGGCCCUCUUUGGCAUCAGCUCCAUGAUCACACUGACGGCCAUCGCCCUGGACCGCUACCUGGUCAUCACACGCCCGCUGGCCGCCGUUGGCAUGGUGUCCAAGAAGCGGGCAGGGCUGGUCCUGCUCGGGGUCUGGCUCUAUGCCCUGGCCUGGAGUCUGCCGCCCCUCUUCGGCUGGAGUGCCUACGUGCCCGAGGGGCUGCUGACGUCCUGCUCCUGGGACUACGUCACCUUCACGCCGUCCGUGCGCUCCUACACCAUGCUUCUCUUCUGCUUCGUCUUCUUCCUGCCCCUGCUUGUCAUCGUCUACUGCUACAUCUUCAUCUUCAGGGCCAUCCGGGAGACAGGCCGCACACUGUGCACCCUUCCUAGGGCCUGCCAGGGCAGCCACGAGUCCCCGCAGCGGCGGCAGUGGCGGCGGCUGCAGAGCGAGUGGAAGAUGGCCAAGGUCGCCCUGCUGGUCAUCCUUCUCUUCCUGCUCUCCUGGGCUCCGUACUCCACUGUGGCACUGGUGGCCUUUGCUGGGUACGCACACAGCCUGUCGCCCUACAUGAACUCCGUACCGGCUGUCAUCGCCAAGGCCUCUGCCAUCCACAACCCCAUCAUCUACGCCAUCACGCAUCCCAAGUACAGGGCGGCCAUCGCCCAGCACCUGCCCUGCCUGGGGGUGCUGCUGGGCGUGUCAGGCCGGCACAGCCGCCCCUCCCUCAGCUACCGUUCCACCCACCGCUCCACCCUGAGCAGCCAGGCCUCCGACCUCAGCUGGAUCUCAGGCCGAAGGCGCCAGGAGUCCCUGGGCUCCGAGAGCGAGGUGGGCUGGACAGACACCGAGGCAGCAGCUGCAUGGGGGGCUGCCCUGCAACUGAGUGGACGGUACCUCUGUGGUCAGGGCCUGGAGGACGGGGAAAUCAAAGCCACUCCCAGGCGCCAGGGACCAGAAGCUGAGACGCCCAGGAAGGUGAUUGACUUAGCACCUGCCAAUCUGUAAAAGGGGUGGGGGUGAGGGGUAGAGCAGAGGCCAGUUACCAAGACAGUGGCCAGGAAAAAGGGGGUUUGUUCUUAGGGGCAGGCUCCCACUGCUGUCUGGGAGUCACCCCCACCCCCCGCCCUG